UUCUGUAAGCCGAAGGAGACGGACGGACGGACGGACGGAAAAAUGUCGCGGUCACAUUAAACCACAGAAACAUCAAAUCGUUGAAAAAUUGCAACGCAGAAUUUAAAUCACAGCAGACGCGCAGCCGGAGCGAUGCGAGCGGCGCGGCGCGGCUGAGUUUUGAAGAUGAGUGGCGUGCUACUGAGUGUGUUAUUUUAUACUCUGUGUCUACAGAUACGAGGUCUUCCUCUGCUUCUGUAUGCAAACCGGCGAGAUCUGCGGUUGGUUGAUGCAGCUCACGGUUGGGCAAACGCCACCGUGGUAAUCGGCGGAUUGGAGGACGCAGCAGCAGUGGAUUACGUGUACACGCAUGGAUUGAUAUACUGGAGCGACGUGAGCGAGGAGGCCAUUAAACGAACCACAUUGAACAACUCUGUGCCCAGCGGGGCGCAGACAACAGUCGUGUCCGGGCUGGCCUCUCCGGACGGCUUGGCUUGUGACUGGUUGGGAAAUAAGCUUUACUGGACUGACUCUGAGACCAAUCGGAUAGAAGUGGCGGAGCUGGAUGGAACUUACCGAAAAGUUUUAUUCUGGCAAGAUCUGGACCAGCCGAGGGCCAUUGCUUUGGAUCCCGGCCGAGGGUACAUGUUUUGGACAGACUGGGGUGAAAUUCCGAAGAUAGAGCGUGCCGGAAUGGACGGGACGCAUCGAUCUGUUAUCAUUGACUCUGAAAUUUACUGGCCCAAUGGACUCACGCUCGACUAUGGUCAGAAGAAACUCUACUGGGCCGAUGCAAAGUUUAACUUUAUUCACCGCUCCAACCUGGAUGGUUCUGGAAGGGAUGUUGUGGUGAAAGGAUCUUUACCUCAUCCGUUUGCACUGACACUGUAUGAGGACACACUUUUCUGGACAGACUGGAACACGCACUCCAUACACUCCUGUCACAAACACACGGGAGAAAACAGCCGAGAAAUUCACACCAACAUUUUUUCACCCAUGGACAUCCAUGUUUUCAGCCAGAAGAGGCAGCCAGUGGAUGUGCGGAGUACCUGCUCUCUGAAGAACGGUGGAUGUUCUCACUUGUGUUUGCUGUCACCAGUUAAACCAUAUUACCAGUGUGCCUGUCCAACUGGAGUCCAACUGCUGGAUGACAACAAAUCCUGCAGAGAUGGUGCCACUCAACUUCUCCUGUUGGCCCGACGCACAGACCUGCGCAGAAUAUCUCUUGACACCCCCGACUUUACAGACAUUGUGCUUCAGACUGACGACAUCCGCCACGCCAUCGCUAUCGACUACGACCCUGUGGACGGUCACGUCUACUGGACGGAUGAUGAUGUCAAAGCUAUUCGCAGGUCAUACCUGGAUGGAAGCGAGACUCAAUUGGUUGUGACGUCGCAGGUGGAUCACCCGGACGGGAUCGCGGUCGACUGGAUCGCACGGAAUCUUUACUGGACCGACACUGGCACAGACCGGAUUGAAGUGACCCGGCUGAACGGAACUAUGAGAAAGAUUUUGAUAUCAGAAGAUCUGGAUGAGCCAAGAGCCAUCGUGCUGGACCCUGUCGCAGGGUACAUGUACUGGACCGAUUGGGGUGAAUGGCCAAAGAUCGAGAGAGCUGCUCUGGAUGGUACAGACCGGCUGGUGCUAGUCAACACAUCUCUUGGGUGGCCCAACGGACUGGCACUUGACUACACAGAAAGAAAGAUUUACUGGGGAGAUGCUAAGACGGAUGUCAUCGAGGUUAUGGAGAUGGAUGGGUCGAGCAGACGCGUGUUAGUGCAGGAAAACCUGCCUCACAUCUUUGGAUUUAGCCUGCUGGGCGACUUCAUCUAUUGGACGGACUGGCAGAGACGCAGCAUCGAGCGCGUUCACAAACGCAGUGCUGAGCGAGAGGUCAUCAUAGACCAGCUGCCUGACCUCAUGGGAAUAAAAGCAACAUACGUCCACCAGACCUUCGGUGUGAAUCCGUGUGCUGUCAGUAACGGUGGCUGCAGUCAUUUGUGUCUCUAUAAGCCGCAGGGUGUUUCCUGUGCGUGUCCCAUCGGUUUGGAGCUCAUGGCCGAUUUGACCACCUGUAUUGUUCCUGAGGCCUUCCUGCUCUUCUCACGACACACGGAUAUCAGACGCAUCUCCCUGGAAACCUACACCAACAAUGUCGCCAUCCCACUCACGGGAGUGAAGGAAGCCUCCGCACUCGACUUUGACGUCACCGACAACCGGAUCUACUGGACGGACAUCACAUUGAAGACGAUCAGUCGAGCAUUUAUGAACGGCAGCGCUCUUGAGCACGUGGUGGAGUUUGGGCUGGAUUAUCCUGAGGGUAUGGCUGUAGACUGGCUGGGGAAGAACCUGUACUGGGCUGAUACAGGAACCAACCGUAUAGAGGUGGCCAAGCUGGACGGUCAGCACAGACAAGUCCUGGUGUGGAAAGAUCUAGACAGUCCACGAGCCCUGGCCUUGGACCCAGCUGAAGGCUUUAUGUACUGGACUGAAUGGGGUGGCCGUCCGAAGAUCGACCGCGCUGCCAUGGAUGGUUCUGGUCGUGUCACUCUGGUGCCGAAUGUGGGUCGUGCUAAUGGUCUGACCAUCGACUAUGCAGAACGACGCCUCUACUGGACAGAUCUUGACACAACACUGAUUGAGUCCUCCAACAUGCUUGGUCUGGAGCGAGAGGUAAUCGCAGAUGACCUGCCACAUCCUUUUGGUCUCACACAGUACCAGGACUACAUCUACUGGACCGACUGGAGCCAGCGCAGCAUUGAACGGGCCAACAAAACCAGUGGUCAGAACCGCACCAUCAUACAGGGUCACCUGGAUUACGUCAUGGACAUCCUGGUGUUUCAUUCAUCCCGUCAGGGCGGCUGGAACGCGUGUGCGUCUACUAACGGUCACUGUUCUCAUCUGUGUCUCGCUGUUCCCAUCAGCAGCUUUGUGUGCGGCUGCCCAGCACAUUACUCACUCAACGCUGACAACAAGACAUGCAGUGCUCCCACGUCCUUUCUGCUCUUCAGUCAGAAGUCGGCCAUUAAUCGUAUGGUCAUUGAUGAGCAGCAGAGUCCUGACAUCAUUUUGCCUAUUCACAGUCUUAGAAACGUGCGAGCCAUAGACUACGACCCGCUAGACAGACACAUAUACUGGAUCGACUCCAAACAAAAUGUCAUCCGCCGUGCACAGGAGGAUGGUAACCAGAGCGUGACAGUGGUUUUCAGCGCAGUGGGCGGGCCCAACCUGGGCCUGCAGCCCUAUGACCUCAGCAUUGACAUCUACAGUCGCUUCAUCUAUUGGACAAGUGAGGUAACCAACGUCAUCAACGUCACGCGCACCAAUGGUUCUCGUGUGGGUGUGGUUCUCCGCGGGGAACAUGACAAACCCCGAGCCAUCGUGGUGAACCCUGAGAAAGGGUACAUGUACUUCACCAACCUGCAGGAGCGGUCGCCUAAGAUCGAACGGGCGGCUCUGGAUGGGACCGAGAGGGAGGUUUUGUUCUUCAGUGGUCUGGGGAAGCCGGUCGCUCUCGCCAUCGAUCAUGAACUGAACAGACUCUUUUGGGUGGACAUGGACCUCAGACGCAUCGAGAGCAGCGAUUUGUCUGGAGCCAAUCGGAUCGUCAUUGAGGACUCCAACAUUCUGCAGCCUGUUGGACUGACUGUGUUUGGAAAUCACCUGUACUGGAUCGAUCGUCAACAGCAGAUGAUCGAACGAAUCAACAAGGUCACUCGCGAGGGCCGGACGAAGAUUCAGGCAAGAAUCGCCUCUCUGAGUGACAUCCACGCUGUCCACGAGCUCGACAUGCAGGAGUACAACAGACACCCUUGUACGUCGGAUAAUGGCGGCUGUUCCCACAUCUGCAUCGUGAAAGGCGAUGGAACGACUCGCUGCUCGUGCCCCGUUCACCUGGUCCUGUUGCAGGACGAACUCUACUGCGGAGAGCCGCCCACUUGCUCCCCGGAGCAGUUCUCGUGUGCUUCAGGAGAGGUGGACUGUAUCCCGCAGGCGUGGCGCUGCGAUGGCUUUGCCGAGUGUGAUGACAGCAGCGACGAACGUGACUGUCCCAUGUGCUCGGACGAGGAGUUUCAGUGUGACAGUAAACAGUGUGUGGAUCUUUUCCUGCAUUGCAACGGGGAAAUCAACUGUCAGGAUCGAUCGGACGAAAACAAAUGUGAAGUUCUCUGUCCUUUGGAUCAGUUCACCUGUGCAAAUGGUCAGUGCAUUGGACGGCAUAAGAAAUGUGACCACAACAUGGACUGCACAGAUAACUCUGAUGAGAUUGGAUGCUAUGCCACAGAAGAACCAUCUUUUCCUCCAACAAAUACCAUUGGCUCAAUCGUGGGCGUCGUCAUGGUCUUGUUCGUGGUCGGUGCCGUUUACUUUGUGUGUCAGCGCAUUCUGUGUCCUCAGAUGAAGGAUGACGGCGAGACGAUGACCAAUGACUUUGUGGUCCACGGACCCUCGUCAGUUCCAUUGGGAUAUGUCCCUCACCCUAACUCGCCGACAGGAUCUCUGCCAGGUAUGUCUCGGGGUAAAUCUGUCAUUGGCUCACUGAGCAUCAUGGGCGGUGGCAGCAGCGGCCCCCCGUACGAUCGUGCUCACGUGACUGGUGCCUCAUCCAGCAGCUCAUCCAGCACCAAAGGCCCUUACAUGCCUUCUAUUCUCAAUCCUCCUCCGUCACCUGCCACUGUGAGGUCACACUACACAAUGGAGUUUGGUUACUCAUCUAACAGCCCAUCGACACAUCACUCGUACAGGGCCCGAGCACCCAGGAGCAAGCCAGAAUGGCCUGCACCGAAAGAUACGAAGCCCUAUUGUCAUCCUAUGGGAUUCAUGCGAUUGACACCAAACAUUGUAAACAUGAAGCCGGGACAUUUUAGAUACUAAAUUGUGAAGGGAUUUUUGAUAUUUUGAACGCUGUUCCCAUGGCAACGUGUCAAACUUUACAGUAAUUUUAAGGCAUAUUUAAGCCUUACAGUUGCAUGUGGUAAACUUUUAAACUACUUCUCCUAGGGAAUUAAUACAAUUGACACCAGAAGUGGUCAACAUGAUGCGGAGACAUUUGUAGAUGCUAAAUUACAAAGCGAUUUUUGAUAUCUCGAAUGCUGUUCCCGUGGCAACGUGUCAAACUUUGCUUUCAUUUUCCGGCAUAUUUAAGGCUGACAGUUACAUGCUGUGAACUUUUAAAUGCGCCUUCUAGAGCAGAGGUCCCCAACCACCGGGUCGUGGACAAGUAGCCACCGGGUCGCAAGAACGUCCAGAAAUUUUUUUUUAUAAUAGCUACGUAAUAGCUUAAUCGGGUAUUUUGUACUUUUAGAGCAUACUUGAAAUAAUAUAAAUCAUUUCCACCUUUGUACAGAGCCGCAAUUUCUCUCUUUCGUGGUCUCUCUUUAUCUUUACCAGCGCAGCAGUGAUCACAUUGCUGUCAGAGUUUGAGCUAAAACACAAUCGAUCAAAGAAUUGCAGAGGUAUGACUUUAUGAAUCAUUUGCAAAUGUAUGUCGCAAAUCAUGUAAAUACGCGGAGACGUUCAACUGUGUGACAUCGCAAAUGAUUGAAAAGUAAUUAUUUUAUUCUUCUGUAAAACAACAGAAUUAUUUUACUGUAGUAAUAAUAUUUUAACGGCUACACUUUUAAUGUAGGUUUAAAAGAAACCUAAACUGUCUUGUGUCAAUCAUCAUUAAAAGCAUGAUAAAAGGGAGUCUCCGUGCCUCCGCGCCCAGCCGCAAUUCUUCUGGCAUAUCUCCUCCUUCACUGCAUUUUUCUUCUGUUCUGUUACUUGAAUUUGAGGCUCGAGCCCGACCAAGAUUCGAGCUGCCUUCGAGAAGCAAGCCAAGUUCGUUUACUGUUAAUUGUUAAGACUAAAUGGGCAGGCAAACUGAAACAAUGAAAGUAAAAAAAAAAACUAUUCUUCAAAAUAUGGUUUUACAACUCUAUAUACAAUAUACUAUAAAUAAAGCAAUUAUUAAUUUUCCCAAUGCAUGGUUGUUUGAUCUUUCUUCCGUUUAAAACGAUAUACAUUUUGCAGAGUAGUGUUGUUUUUGGCGGCCUGUUUUAAUUUUAGUUUUAGUCUAGUCUUUGUGUCAAGCUGACAUUUUAGUUUUUAUUAGUUUUAGUCAGUUCAUACUCUUUUUAGUCUAGUCAAGUUUUAGUCGACUAAAAGUCUGGGCAUUUUAGUCUUAUUUUAGUCAGAAUUAUCCUUGACUAUUUUUGUCUAGUUUUAGUCAAUGAAAAUUGUAUUUUAGUCUCUUUUUAGUAAUGCAAUUCUAUUUAACCCAGACCCAGUCAAUAUAGUAUAAGUACCUAGCAGUAGUAUAGACAAAACCAAAAUUUUCUUUUAGCCAAACCCAUUAAAAAAAGUUAUCUUGUUAUAUUAUACCUUAUAGAUAUAAGAAUACAUCCCUUUCAGACAUGGAAGAUGCUUUGAUUGGAAUUUACUUGAUUUGAAGAUAUAUAUUUUACUUAAUUUUAUUUAACCUCUGAGUGAGUGACUUGACUGUAGGUAAAGAGUCUACAUUAAAGUCUACAAACAGAGUAGUCUAAGCAGAAACACACACACAGGGCCACUGCUGGUCAGAUGGGUGCCAUAAGCUGACUUUUACGGUGGUGCCACCUUUAGUUAAAAAACAACAACAAAAUUACAACUAUAGUAGGCUAUGUGUGAGAAUAGCACUCUAUUAAAAUGCUAUUGUUAUCAUUUAUAAUUGUAUUUUGACAGCAACACAAACUACAAUUAUACAAAUAUGCAAUAUAGUAUAUCUGUAUUUGUGUAGCUAAUGGCACUAUAAUGUGACAAAGCUAAUUUUACGUGUCAGUAUAAAUCCAAGCAAUUUCGGAGAAUUACUAAAUAUCUUUCUUGUAAGUAAAUUAAAAGCCAGCUUUAAAGAAACAUCAGAUGUCUAGUAACAAAAGCAAAAGUUUGUAUGUAUGGUUAUGUUCUUAAUAAUACAGCUGUUUGAUUGAUUUAACACUCAAGCAUUCCGUUAAGCAAGUUUAGUUCAUUCAAAUAAUAAACAAGGACACAGACCCUUGUUGUUAGCAUAUAAGUUAUAAAACAACGUCUUUAGCAUAUAUAUAUUUACCAUGCUUCAAAACACAACGCAGCACAUGUCAUUUAAACGAUUGAAGAUGCAAACUGGUACAUUGUUAUAUUAUUUAACCCUUGUGUGGUGUUCAUAUUUUUGUUACUAAGACAAUGUUUGUGGGUCUGGUGGACCCAGAGCAUUAUAAGUAUCUUAAAUCAAUGCAGUCAUACAAAUUUAUGUAAUAAUUGUUUACAGAUGUUUACUUUAGCCUUAUUGCAAGUAACAUAGACAGAAUUUAUGGUUAAUAUUUGUCAUUUACCACUGGUAGAGGACUAUUUAUAAACUAAAGUGCCAUUCGUUUUUGUGGUAAUAGGAAACAAAAGAAGAAAACUCUAUUCUGAUCCAGAUAUUGGGGGGAAAACAUGUUUAUCUUAAAUAAGUAUAAAUGAAACAAAGUUUGUCAUCACUGUUGAUGUUUAAUUCUUUGAACUUUUUGAAAUUGUACACAUUUGUGUCCGUCUACACAGCACGGGCCCCAACUGAACAGAUGCGGUAUCAUAAGACAUCAUCCACACUGAACACAUAACCUGUUCAUGCCAGCCUACACAGCACAUAAGAAGCAGAUUUAUAAUGUGUAGCUGUGUUGUGUAUGCAUUUCUUGCAUUUUAUACACACAUACUGUGUCCAUCUAUGGAUCACACACAUUGCAGUACAAUGUGUUGCUAUUGGCCACAAUAUAUGGAUAAUAUUUUACUUUCUCUAUUAUUCACUCUCUCUCACACACUCAUGCACACAGCUGACAUUUGGUCCCCACAAUGUGAUAAAUACCAGGUACAAACACACACACACACACACACACCAUAGGUUUUGUGGUAAACCCAUGGUUUUACAAUGGUAACCAAUAUACCAAAUAACCAUAAUUUUACUACAAUAAAAUUAUGGAUUUUUUUUGUAAGGAGACAAAAGGUAAAGUGUCUGGGACAGUGGGUACAGACAAAUGUUCAUGCAUGAUAUAUAACAUGUUGUAUGCUUGCGGCAUUACAGCAAGAGCAGAAGGACAAAACUCUGACAUGCAUCCAUCACAUACGUACAGACAUAAAUACAAACACACUAAUGCACUCCCAGGAGUCCCUGAUAGGAGAAAAACAGAGUAAAGUUACAUAGCACAUUAAAUUUUUACACUCUUAUUAUUCCGGGUCCAGUGGACCCGAACACCACAUAUGUAAUAUAAAUGUGUAGGGGGGGUACACAGUGUACAGUAAAUAUAAAGUUGUUUAUUUUUAUGUUCUCCAUAGAAAAUGAGCCAAGGCCAAUGAAUCUGAGGUUGAAACAACCAUUAAUUGCAUAAUUUUUCUUUCAGUAAACAUUGAAAACGGGUCCCACAGACCCGAACACCACACAAGGGUUAAAUCACACAGAUGAGUUCGCGGUGCCAGCAGUCAACGCUAUACAUAUUAACAGGCUUGUGAACUCACCUGAAAACGACGCACGGGUUUCAUUUUGGACUUUUCGUUUCCAUUUGAAGACUUGAUGCGGCAGUGUAUUCGCGGGCGCAGCUGGCCAUCAAACGUGACGUGUCGCGUGUUACUGCGCAAACGGAUUGCGUAUGAUAUCAAAGCAUCGCGAGAACAGACUGAUCUGCAUGCUUUCUAAUCGCUCUCGUGGUACGUUUACGUAUUUUUGCGGAUCGAUUUGCAGAGCGCCAUUGAACACACAUGAUAAUUUGCAGUCAGGUGGCGGGGUGCCAGGAGAUGGCUAGACGAAAUAACGUUAUAACAUUUCGUCUCGUCUCGUUUUGGUCAACGAAAAUGAAGACACAUUUUAGCAUAGUUUUUAUUUAGUAAACCACUUUUAGUCUCGUUUUUAUUCGUCAACAAUAUUGUAUUAUACAUUUUAUUAUAGUUUUCGUCACAUGACCAGCAUUUACGUUGCGUCUAGUCUCGUUUUCGUCACGUGAUAAAGGUUCGUUGACGAGGAUAUUUCGUCAUACUUUUCGUUGACGAAAGCAACACUAUUGCAGAGGAGUAUUUUCAGCACUUUGUUUGAACAGCAACUCGGCGCCACACACACCCCCACCCCGAACCUCAACCACCAAAAAUUUUUUAAAGCUGAAACCGGUCCGCGGUGCAAAAAAGGUUGGGGACCCCUGUUCUAGAGGAUUCAUGCGAUUAACACCAAAUGUUGUGUCCAUGAUGCCAAGACAUUGUAGACGCUAAAUUGCGAAGGGAUUUUUGAUUUCUCGAACGCUGUUCCCAUGGCAACGCGUCAAACUUAACAUUUAUUUUUAGCCAUAUUAAAGGCUCUUGGUGAGCUUAAAUUACACAAACAAUACACGACUGACAACACACCUAAGCGUUCUCAUUCCUUAAGCGUGGGAUAAAGCUCAGACAUGGGCGUGGAUCUAUAGUGGCUCUCUAGCGCCCCCUUUCGUCUUAAGUGUGCACAUGCUUUUACCUAAAAUCCUGAAAUGUGGUAAGUGCAUUUCUCUAAUCAAAACAAACAACUUUCAAAUUUACCAUCAUUAGCUCUGCCCAACAGGGACAGAUUUAAUGCAGAUUUUUGGACAUUUGGAUGCUCCUUCUAGAGGAUUUAUGCAAUUUGACACCAAACGUGGUAAACAUGAUGUGGAGACAUUGGAGAUGCUAAAUUGCGAAUGGAUUUUUGAUAUCUCGAACGCUGUUGCCAUGGCGACAUGACACAUUUAUGCCGAAAUCACAGAAACAGGAAGCGUUUUAUAUCUAAGGCAAAAAGUAUCUUAUUGUGAUGAGACGCGGUGUGUAUGUUCAGCAAAGGAUUUCGAUCGCAUCGAUGUGCCUAUUGUGAGUCUUGGGCAUAGGGCCACCAGCAGGCACCAGGAAGUUAGUGGGUCAUAGAGGGGAUAUGUUGACUGUUGUAUGCGGUAAACUUUUAAAUACUCCUAUAGGAUUCAUGUGAUUGACACCAAACGUGGUCAACAUGAUGCCGAGACAUCACCGAAAGGUGCGAAGCCCUAUUGUUUUUCCUCGAAUGUAUUAAAAAAAAAAUUUUUACAUUUUUUUUUUUACAUUUUGGGGCAUUUUGGGUGCCUUAACAUACUCAAAAACUUCAGAGUCGUCGGCCAUUAGGAUCUGGCAAAGGCUGGAAGUCUGGAGUGGCAGGGGGGCUGUGUAGCGCCCCCUGUAAUGCAAAAACAAACAUUGUUGCACAGAUCGGGCAAACAUGUACGCACAUGUACGAGAGUUGGUACCCAUAUAGAUCUCAUCGACCCAAACAACUUUCGCCCUCUAACAUUUAAGCUCCGCCCAACAGGAAGUCGGCUAUUUUGGAUUGUUUAAAAAAUGCAUUUGUUGAACUUUUAAAUACUCCUCCUAGUGGAUUCAUGGGAUUGACACCAAACGUGGUGAUCAUGAUGUCGAGACAUUGUACUUGCUAAAUUGCGAAGGGAUUUUUGAUAUCUCGAAUGGUUCUGCCAUGGCGAGGCGACGAAUUUAUGGCGAAUUUAGAGAAACAGGAA